CCCGGUCACAUUGCACUUUGCAUUUGCCGGUUGUUUGGAUCGCAGGUCGAAUCGGAAAGCUCUGCGUCUCGUUUCGGUUUGGCGGCAGUUCCUUCGUCGCGAGUGCGCCAAAAAAUAGCGAAAAUUCAAAGCUUCGGGUGAGGGGUCGGUCCAGAGAAAAAGCAACCAUGUUGCAGCUGCAGGAGUCGCAGUGCUCGAAUUGGCAGCUGGAGGAUUACGCUUUCUUCCGCAAGUGCGGGGAAAUCACCGCUUCGCCGGACGUCCAGAGUUUUGGCUUUAAUUGCGCCUUUUGUCCGGCGAUAUGCCUGCAGUUCUCCGUGUUCAUGGACCACAUCCGGAUGCAGCACACCCAGGACAUGCGGCGGCGCUACGAUUCCGGGGAGGAGAGAGCCCAGCAGCAGAGCGAAACCGAUCUGGUCAUAAUGGAGCUGGAUUGCCCGGAAAUUUACGCGUCGGAAGAGCCAAAGAAAUCCAGCUGGCCGGCGGACAUGGACCUCCAGCUAAUGAAUUUUGUUCCGCCGACUCCCGCACUGCAUAUAACGCCAGCCGAAAGUCCAGAAAUAGAUUUGGUAUAUGUGGUAGAAAAUCCAUUGCCACCCUCGCCGCCUCCUUCUGCGGACAUUUCGAGCGACGAACUGCAGGGGAACUGUCUGCAGUCCUUCGACUUGGAUCCCUUUGGGGUAGUGCACGAAGUGGUGGCGAUGACUCCACCCACUCCAGUGGCCCCACCGCCACCACCACCGGUUUCAACUCCACUCCCGCGGUAUGAGACACGACGCGUGGCAAUGCAGCGCAAGCUUCGUCAGGCGGAAAACGAGAAUGCGAAAGAUGAAGUGCCGGAGGAGGAGGUGGAUAUGGUGGUGGUGGAGGAGCAGGAGGUGCCAAGUGCUCAGCCGGAGAAGAACGUUCUGGAAUUAACGCCACCAGCCACGCCACCCACUCCAAUUCCGCCCACCUCACCCACGAGCAGCACUGCGAGCAGCGUGGAUUUCCAAUCGAAAAGUCGACGAGAGCUAGAGCGCAAUCGUGAAUUUGUGAGUUCUCUGCUCGCCGAGUACGAGCGCGCUGAGAAAUUGUGGAAUCCGCGACAUCCAGACUAUAAGUACAAUGCCAAGCGAAGUGUCUACGGAGAACUGGCUGCUCCGUUGGAGACCAUCUGCCACAAAAGGCUCUCCGGAGCGGAGAUUUUUGCUGUGCUGAAGGAAAUAAAGGGCAGAUACCGUCGGGAGCUGAGCAAACUGAACGCACUCGGUGGAAAGUACAAGUCACGGUUGUGGUAUUUCGACAGAAUGCACUUCCUCAGAGGCGUCAUUGAAAACCGAAGAGCUGAACGGGAGGCCAAGAUCUCUAAUGAGAGCGCCGAGAGUGAGAAAUCCUGCGAAACGGAUGCAGAAUCAUGCAGCAAAUCAGCGUUAUACCACGAGGUUCUCAGCUUCAUUCUGGAUGCCUUUAAGCGACUGGAGUGCCUGUGGAAUCCGCAGCACUACGAUUACUCAAGGUGCUGCAAGAAGGACCUUUACAGGGAGAUAUCUUCACAGUUGCAGGAGGAACUGAACUACGAGCUGAGCGGAGAGGAGUGCUACAAGGAGAUUCAGAAGCUAAGGACGCGCUAUCGCAAGGAGCUGCGCAUGGUGAUCAAGCACAAGGGAUUGUACCUGCCCAAGUUGUGGUGCUACGAUGAAAUGGAGUUUCUCCAACCCAUAUUGCAGGAGCAGAUCUUCAACAAAAUCAGCAAGAAAGUCGGCGUGGUGGAGACCAGUCAGAAGACCAAGUUCAUUGAUGCCAGCUCCAUAUCGUUUAAGAAUACCGAGGAUCAUCUGCAGUUUGUGGAGAUUUACCGAAACUACUCUGCUCUUUGGGAUGUUGACCACCCCGACUUUCGCUCGAACGCUUAUCGUGGGCAAGCUUUGGGUCAAAUGCUGGAUGAGAUUAACACCACCUUUCACACUGCCUACUCCACGGAGCAGCUAGAGAAGACCUUGUUCGAACUGCGAAAGGACUUUUCGGCGCAGAAACGAAAGAUACUCACCGACUCCGAUGACUCCAGCAGCGUUCCCCUGCUGCACGCCAAGUUGGCCGAGUUCCUGGACCAAAACCUCGGCCCGUUUCGAUGCGAUAUUUGCUCAGAGCUCGUCAAGACCUGCGAUCAGUACAAGGUGCAUCGAUCCGGACACGAUGGCACCCAGCCGUUUAUCUGCACCCUGUGCGGGAAGGGCUUUCAGAUGCCCUGCAACCUGACGGUGCACAUUAGACGGCAUCGGAGGGAUUUCCCGUAUGCCUGCGAGCAGUGCGACAAGCGCUUCGCCACAUCCACGGAGGUGGCCAUCCAUCUGCGCACUCACACCGGCGAGCGGCCCUACAUCUGCGAUCUGUGCGGCAAGUCCUUCAAGACGUGGUCCUUCUUCGACAUCCACCGACGUCGGCAUCUCAACCAGUCGACAUUCCACUGCCCGAUCUGCGCGAAAGGCUUCUACGAGAAGAACCGCUUCACGGACCACAUGAACUCCCACUGGGCGAUCCGCAAGCACCUGUGCACGGUGUGCGGCAAGACCUUCACCACCUACGGCAACCUCAAGAAGCACACGGAGCUGCAUCUGGCGGUGAAGAAGUACAAGUGCAGCACGUGCGGCAAGCGAUUCGCGCAAUUUGCCAGCCUGCGAUGGCACAAGAAGCGGGAGCACAGCUUCGAGGGGCAAACGGACGACAAGUAGAACUCCAACCACUCAAGUUCUGCUCCGCACUUUAUUAUAUUUACAAGUCAAUUGUAAAGAGUUAGAUGUGUUCCAGUGUACUUAAAGAUAUUGCCGUCUGUUUGUAGUUUGUACCUAUCAUAUUGAUAAUCUAGCACUAAGUAAUGUAUUUAUUUGCUAUUUAAGAAUGUCUGAUAAAUGGCUACAAGUGUUGCUCUCAAGUUCUGUAAGCUUUAUCGUCGUAAUCGAUCGAUUAGCCGCUCGUUGAAUACUUGUAACUGGUUUAUGAGUCGAAACCCAAAGUCAUUGAAAGUGAAACCAAAAAUAUACAUAUUUAUUAAACAAAGUCA